AGAAUCCCACCGGUCACUCCUCCGAUGCAGGGAUGGACAUGGGAACCAAGUGGGGCCUUUGGGGUAUCUUCAGGCCUCCCACAGCCGCUGGCCUGCCUGCCAUCUUCCUGCCCCCCUUGCCCCUUCGCUCACUUCUCCUGGGCUGAACCCACACCCAAAAGCCUGAUCCAGGACUGGGCUAGGUGACUGGUGCAAUCCUUAGAUGCCUCUCUUGGUUCCCACUGCCCUGCAGUCUUGGGGCAGGUUGAGGGGGGAGUCACAGGCCAUCUAAGCAAGGAAAAGCAGAGAGGGCUGUUUGGGAGGGUGACGGAGGACCCUGGUGGGACACCGAGUCACAGCCUUGCUGGGCGCAAUGACUGGCGUGCAUAGUGAGCUGCUUUCCCAAGCAAUGCCACCCCCAGCUCUCAGAUAUGCUGCUGAAAGGGGUGACGGGCAGUGGGGGGCUUGGGACUCUGCCAAGGUGUCCUAACUGCCAUCCCCAUCCCCAGGCACAGGCCCAGGCCCCUCCAGCAAGAAAGGCUAGGAACCACACUGCCACGGGGUUUGCCACACCCUUGUCUCUUGGGAAGCUGCCCUCUCCCAGGGAAAGGCAGGGCUGGGGGCUGUUCAGGCUCUGCCACUACCUGCUGUGUGACUUCGGGCAGGCCACCAAUUCCUCUGAAAAAUGGGAGUCAUUGUGGGCACCAUCACACCUGGGUACAGGACGCCAGUGGCUCAGCUGCCCCAGCCAGGCUGCCCUGUCCUGGCCUCAGCACACCUCCCACAGCCACUGCCGGCAGCCCUGGACCUUCUCCUGCUGAGGCCUUACUGCCAAUCCCUCUGGGAGACCAGACACAACAGGCAGCCGUCUGGGUGACUCCCAGGAGCCCAGGCCUCUAUCCUGUCCUCCCCAGUGGCUGGGGCAGUGGGCUGGGCAGCAGGGCCUCAGUGCCCUGGGAGGCAGGGCUCAUCCCACAAGUUGCCAUGGUGGCCCCUCCUCCUGCCCCUUACUCAUUAGCCAAGCUGUACUGACACGGGUUGCCCAGGCAGGGGACAACUCGCUGGACAAAGCUGGCCGUGCGGGCGCUCAGGCGUGCAGGGUGUCCAGCGCCCGGCCAGGAAUGGACAGCCUCCAGGACACAGUGCCCCCGGACCACGGGGGCUGCUGUCCUGCCCUCAGCAGGCUGGUUCCCAGAGGCUUUGGGGCUGAGAUGUGGACUCUCUUUGCCCUUUCUGGACCCCUGUUCCUGUUCCAGAUGCUGACUUUCAUGAUCUACAUCGUGAGCACUGUGUUCUGUGGGCACCUGGGCAAGGUGGAGCUGGCAUCGGUGACCCUUGCGGUGGCCUUUGUCAAUGUCUGCGGAGUUUCUGUAGGAGUUGGUUUGUCGUCGGCAUGUGACACCUUGAUGUCUCAGAGCUUCGGCAGCCCCAACAAGAAGCACGUGGGCGUGAUCCUGCAGCGGGGCGCGCUGGUCCUGCUCCUCUGCUGCCUCCCUUGCUGGGCGCUCUUCCUCAACACCCAGCACCUCCUGCUGCUCUUCAGGCAGGACCCGGACGUGUCCAGGUUGACCGAGGACUAUGUCAUGAUUUUCAUUCCAGGACUUCCGGUGAUUUUUCUUUACAAUCUGCUGGCAAAAUAUUUGCAAAAUCAGAAGAUCACCUGGCCCCAAGUCCUCAGUGGUGUGGUGGGCAACUGUGUCAACGGUGUGGCCAACUAUGUCCUGGUUUCUGUGCUGAACCUGGGGAUCAGGGGCUCUGCCUAUGCCAACAUCAUCUCCCAGUUCACACAGACCGUCUUCCUCCUUCUCUACAUUGUGCUGAAGAAGCUGCACCUGGAGACAUGGGCAGGUUGGUCCAGCCAGUGCCUGCAGGACUGGGGCCCCUUCUUCUCCCUAGCUGUCCCCAGCAUGCUCAUGAUCUGUGUUGAGUGGUGGGCCUAUGAGAUCGGGAGCUUCCUCAUGGGGCUGCUCAGCGUGGUGGAUCUCUCCGCCCAGGCUGUCAUCUACGAGGUGACCACUGUGACCUACAUGAUUCCCUUGGGGCUCAGCAUCGGGGUCUGUGUCCGAGUGGGGAUGGCUCUGGGGGCUGCGGACACUGUGCAGGCCAAGCGCUCGGCCGUCUCGGGCGUGCUCUGCAUAGUUGGCAUUUCCGUGCUCCUGGGCACCGUGAUAAGCAUCCUGAAAAAUCAGCUGGGGCGUAUUUUUACCAGUGAUGAAGAUGUCAUUGCCCUGGUGAGCCAGGUCUUGCCGGUUUAUAGCGUCUUUCACGUGUUUGAGGCCGUCUGUUGUGUCUAUGGCGGAGUCCUAAGAGGAACUGGGAAGCAGGCCUUUGGUGCCGCUGUGAAUGCCAUCACCUACUACAUCAUCGGCCUACCACUGGGCAUCCUUCUGACCUUUCUGGUCAGAAUGAGAAUCAUGGGCCUCUGGCUGGGCAUGCUGGCCUGUGUCUUCCUGGCAACUGCUGCCUUUGUUGCCUAUACUGCCCGGCUGGACUGGAAGCUUGCCGCAGAGGAGGCGAAGAAACACUCAGGCCAGCAGCAGCAGCAGAGAGCAGACAGCACUGCACCCAGACCUGGGCCUGAGAAAGCAGUCCUAUCUUCAGUGGCUACAGGGAGUUCCCCUGGCAUUACCUUGACAACGUAUUCAAGGUCUGAUUGCCACGUGGACCUCUUCAGGACUCCAGAGGAGGCCCACACCCUUUCAGCUCCUGCCAGCAGACUGUCAGUGAAACAGCUGGUCAUCCGCCGUGGGGCUGCUCUGGGGGCGGCGUCAGCCACACUGCUGGUGGGGCUCGCGGUCAGGAUCCUAGCCACCAGGCACUAGCAAAGCAGCUUGGAAACAGAAAGCCAGGAGUGGCUGUCCCCGGUACCCAAACACACCACGGUCUCCCCUGCAAAAGCGCCAAUGGGGUCCAGUGCAGGAGGACACUUUGAACGACUCCUCAGAAAAAGAACUUUGGCUGAUUCCUUGUGGUGACACUCAGAGGGGUCUGAACAGAGCGGACUUCACAGUUCUGUUCUGGUCAAGCUGGAGUUUUCUUCUCUGGCCUGGAUUGCUCUGUAGAAGACAUCAGCCAACUGCACGAGUCAGAGUCCAGGGACUGCCACUAUAAUGAAUAAUGUAAAUGGCUUCAAAUGGGAGACUGCGGAUACAAUCACCAAAACCACUGUUACAUUAAAGAUUACACGUUUCCUAGGCACAGCCUGAGGCUCAAGUCUGUCAUGAAGCCUCUGUGAAGCUCUGAGAACGGGGCCAGUGGGUUCUGUCCGGGCAACUCCUGUGUGCCCCCAGCAGAUACAGGUGCUGUGAGACCCUGACCAGGGCGGUGGCUGUCCAUAUACCCUUCUUCCCCUUUUCUCCAGUUCUUUCAUUCCAUCAGCAUUUUCAUUUAUCACAGACUUUGAGAAACACUUGUUCUUACUGUACUUUUUCUUCUAGUAGUGACGUGAUAUAAAUAAGGGCAGAAAACAAGUAGGAACAGGGCACAGCAAAGUCAUCAUGGAAGCAAUUCCAGACUCUAAGGCACUGUUUCCCCAAGUGUGGUCCACGGUUAACAGGUGUUAAGGUAAACGGCUCCACGGUCAAGGAAGUCUGGGAACUGCACAUACUAGCACUUCAGAGGUUCCGAAGGACCUGUGUCCUUUAGUUUGCUGAUGUGCUUUACAAGCCAGUGGUAUACAGGACCUGCGGCAGGAUCAUUUUUGUGUGUAAAAUCUUGUGGGAUUAGCGUUCUACAAAUAUGCUUACAGUUGUUCUAGAUCAGCAACUGGGGGUAAGAGGACGCCAUUGGAAAAACCUAUUUACUACAGCUACUAACCACCACCCCCAACACACACAGCAGAACCAUGAGGUUUGAGAAAAUCUUCUCGGCUAAGAAUUUUAAAAUGAGAAAGCAUGACCAAAAAAAGUUGACAAACACCAUCUAUGAUAAAGACAUAAAAGGAUUUAUAGUUGGGGAGAAUUUAUAACCCAAGGAUUAUCUCCAAUAGGGAACAUCUGAGGUUCCACACCAGGAACGUCAUUAAAAUUGAUGCCAAUUUUAUGAAAGAUGUUCAUUUUGAAGCAGAUAUGUAUUAGUAGACAAGCCAGUAAUUUAAACAUACUCAAUGAAAAUUCCAUAAUGCAAUUUUAUCUAAGGUAUUUUAUGAUUACUCUCUUAGAGCCAGUUUUAAGCAGCUUUUUCCUAAACUGGGCUAGUUAUGAAUUCUCGACACUUCAUGCUAUGAUGAAGACAUCACAUACUUUAGACAGCCUUAAUAGAACAAAUUAUUCAACAAAGUUGAUUAUACAUUCUAUAAAGUAAAUUACAUUCUG